AGUCUUUGGGAUAGGAUAGGAAGAGCAGGGGUAUGUGAAGUCCAGGAUAGAAGAGUCAUAAGACCUACAAAGGAGACCAACUGUCACUCUUGAGCAGCAAGGCUGCAGUCCACUACUCUCCAAAAUGUCUGUAUUGAUGCUUCUGUGUGGCUUCCUGCUAUACCCAGUAACUGCAGCUGGAUCCCAGCCAAAGACUCUACCUCCCGGGCCUCCGACCCUGGACCCCCAGGCGCCCAUUGUCAACCCCCUUUCCUGUUGGGACUUGUUGCCUGAAUCUCUUCCCGAUUUCAACCACCUAGCCCCUCUGCCUAGGUACCUGAUUAGCCUGGCACUGUACAUACCCCUGGAGCAAGCUGGCUGUCCAACCGAUGCCCAUAACCUUCGGCAGCAGCUCAAUAGGUUGGGGGGGGUGAAAGCCACAGAGACCCUCCUCCAACAGCUCCAAGGCCUGCCAAGGGACAAAAAAGACAAGAAGUCUGACUGGGUCCUGUUCUCCAUUCUGCAGCUCCUGGGCAGGAGAACGGAGAGGUUGGGAAGGUCAGGGAGGAUCAUCCGCUCACUCUCCGCCACAGAUUGUGUCUCUGAGAAGGAACAAAAUAAGGAGAUGGGAAGCACAGAUCAAAGCUGGCAGGAGUGGGGAAUCACCCCAGAAACCGGCGGCCGCUGGAAGGAAGACUAUGGGGUGAGCAGCGGCAAACACGUGGCUGACGAAGUGACAGAAGCCACCUCCCUGUGGAACUGGAGGUCAUUCAAGAUCUGGGGAUAGAAGAGAAAUCAGAAGCGACCUCCGCUGAGCUGGGGAUAGGGGGGCGCGAAAGAGGUUUAUAAGGAAGAGUCAGAGCUGCGGCCUCCGAUGGCCUGUACACCGAGGCUCGUAUCAGUAAACGCAAGUGCUUAAUAAAUGCAGCUUGAUUGUUCUA